AUGGCUCAAGGUGUAACCAAGCUCAGGGCCAAGGGAAGCGCUAGGGUCACCAAAAAACGGCAAAAUCCGAAACCAGCGGCUCCUAAGAUUAUCAAGCCAAAGAAAGCUACUGCAAAACACGCCGCUAAGCUUUCUAAAGUUCAGCAAGGACAAUUAGCUGCAUCGACUGAGAAGUUAAUUGCUGCUCGAGUGGGUCAUCUUGAGCUUGUCAAAGGAUCCAGAAGGGAGAUUGAGAAAAACGAAAAGCAGGAAAAGAAGAAGUCAAAGUAA